AUCUGCCUCUGUUUUUGUCUAGUUGGAGAUUAUCCCUUAAUCAUGCAGGGUCCAGGUGUGCAUUUUCAGAUUUGUUGACUCAGGAAAGCUGUAGAUAGCAUUAAAGGCCAAUGACAUUAUACUGUAGCUACAUUUAGGUUGUUGCUCCUCUGAACAAGAACUCUUGCUUGAACCACCCAGCGAAAAGAAUGGCAAGAAGAAAUGUCCUCAUUACAGGUUGCUCCUCAGGAAUUGGACUGGCAUUAGCCGUAAAAAUGGCAAAAGAUGAACAGAAAAGAUUUAAAGUGUAUGCCACAAUGCGGAAUCUGGCCAAGAAAGAGCCACUCGAGGAAGCUGCAGGUCGCAGUCUGGGCAAAACCCUCGAAAUUAAACAACUGGAUGUCUGUGAUGAACAGUCUAUUAAAACUUGUGUGAAUAGUAUCCCUGACAGAAGGAUUGAUAUCCUAGUUAGCAAUGCUGGAAUGGGGCUCAUUGGACCUAUUGAAUGUCAGACCAUAGAUGAAAUGAAAACUGUGAUGGAUACCAACUUCUUUGGACUAGUUCGACUCCUGAAGGAGAUUUUGCCUGACAUGAAGAGGAGAAAGAACGGGCAUAUAGUUAUAAUAAGCAGUGUUAUGGGAAUACAAGGUAUCUUAUUUAAUGAUGUUUAUGCUGCAUCUAAGUUUGCUGUGGAAGGAUUUUGCGAAAGUUUAGCUAUCCAAGCACUCAAGUUCAAACUGCAGUUAAGUCUGAUUGAACCAGGCCCAGUGGUUACAGAGUUUGAAAGAAAAGUGUUUGAAGAUGGAAUGAAGAUGGAUCUUUCAGCUGCAGAUGAGGAAACAGCUGAGAUGUUUACUAAUAUUUACCUUAAAAAUUACAAACAAAUUUUCCAGAGCCUGGGACAAAGUGCUGAAGAUGUUGCGGAGCAUACAGUAAAGAUAAUUCUUGCAGAAAAUCCACCUUUUCGCCAUCAGACCAACACCUUGUAUACUCCGAUGACGACUCUGAAAUAUGCAGAUCCAAAUGGAGAUCUACCCAUUGAUACAUUCUACAAAAUGGUUUUUCAUCAUGACAAAAUUUUCAGUGCAAGUCUUAACUUUAUCAAAUUGCUAAGGUGGAGGAGUAGAAAGAGCUUUGACCUGGGAAAACCCUCACAAUAAGUAUGAGAAUAUACAGGCAAAUUGGAAUUACUUGUUGUAGCUACUGAUAAUGCAGUAUGUUGUUAUUCAGAUGUCUUUGCUCUGUAGUUGUGAAAAGGCAUUCAAGAUGUUUAUCUGAGCUUAGAUAAGAUAUUCAGCUUAAUGCAUUUAUCUUGAACUUUACAGUUUGCAGAACCUUGAAAUUAAAAUCUUCUAACUAUACGUUUAUUCUGUUUAGUGUUUGCUUUUUAGAGAGAUCUGUUUUCAUGGGAACAUGAACAUUUACUGAUACUUGUGUAUUCAGUAUUAUCCAGAUCCCCUUCACUUAUUAAUACAUACCGAGAUGUGUACUGUAUGUAAAUUAUUUAGAUUCUUAAUAUCAUAUAAAUAUUUUAUCUUUUUACCUGUUAGACUAGAAUAGAAUUAGUAUCGUAAUCUCUCAAUCACAAUAGCAUUCUCAUUUUCAGAAGUCAGGUCUAUCCACCAGUAACAUAAGAGAAAGUCUCAUCAGUCUUAAAAUGUCACGAGUAGCAUAUUUAUUAUUCAUAUAUAUGUUAUAAUAUUCUGAAUGCUUCCUUUAUCUGCAAUGGUUACUGGUAUGUUGCACAUAGCAGACAAUAAAAUGUUUUUUUAAAAGCAUCUUAAAAUAAAAUUUCUUCUUAC